AUGAAGAAAAUAACAAAAAAGCUAUCGAUGAAAUAUGUGAAGCUCAACAAGAACAAGCUUAGGAAAGAAGAAUCCAUGAAGUUAGAAGAAGAUGGUCGCGAGCUUUUUCAAGAAAAUUAUGCAUUAGAAAAUGCAGAAAAUAAUGAAACUAAAGAGACACCUAAAGUUACAAAAGUUAUGGAGUCCAUGCAACGUAAGCUAACGUUAAAAGAGAAGGACCAGCUUGAACGUUCGGUUAGAAAUGGUGGUCGUGCUCGUAAGGACCAGCUUGAUGAAGGUUUGGUUAGAAAUACGAAUCUUGAUGUAGGUUCAGUUAAAUAUGGUCAUAUGGAUCAUCUUGAAGAUUUGAUUAAGGGUCGUGACCGUAUAGAACAUAUUGAAGGAUCCACUAGGAAUGUUGCUUGUAAUGGUGUGGACAAACUCGAAGGUUCUAGCAAAAACAAGCAGAAACAUCAACGUGAAGCAAAUAUUGUUAAACCAAGCGAUCAAGUUGAUCAAUCAGAGAAAUCAACUAAGUGUCCUUCUGAUUUUGCUUCAAAGAAAGACUAUAUUGAUUGGAUUGAAUAUGUUGAAGGAUCCAAUCAUCAUUGUUUCGAUCGAUCUGAAAACUCGAAUCAAUCUUAUAAAAAGGAGGAUAUCGAUCGAGACCAGAUGAGCGUUGCAGUGUCAGAAGGAUCCAUUGAGGGGAACAACGAAGAAAUACUAUUACUUAACAAUUCUAAGAAUAGAAAAAACGAGAAAUUUGAUGAUUUAAAAGGUUAUAAGAAAGGAAGAGGUAGCAAGGUUAAAGAUUCAUCGAAAUUUCAAAUAGUUGACUAA